AUGGCUGCGGCACAAGAUCCCUACCUGGUUAUCCCAGGCUCCUCGGCUUUCUCCGACUUCCGCUGCGCGAAGCUCGCGCGCGAGUUGGGAGCUGAGGAGGUGCGCGCCAUCUGGAUUCACUUUGUCAAUCCGACUGGCGAGCUGGAGAGCGACCAAUUGAAGACCCUCGAGCAGCUUCUUUUCUACGGCGACAUCCCCUCUGCCGACGACCGCCUGUACCAGACUAUCCUCGACGCCCUCACCCGCAAUGGCGAGCCCCGCGACGAAAACACCGCCCUCUUCUACGUCUGCCCUCGUCCUGGCACCAUUUCACCCUGGAGCACUCAGGCAACCAACAUCGCUCAUGUUUGCGGCCUCAAGGAGUCGGUGAAGCGCAUCGAGCGCGGCAUGGUCAUUGCCGCUACCUUCCCCGCGGAUAAGCGCCCCGCUAGUACCGACAUCCCGCUCCCCGACCUCCUGCACGACCGCAUGACCCAGACUAUCAGUAGGUCUCAGCCGGACCUCAACUACACUUUUGGCGAGCAUGAGCCUGCUCCUGCGACCAGCGUCGACCUGCUUGCCGAGGGCUCAACGCCCAAGGAGGCGUUAGAGAAGGCAAACAAAGAGCUGGGACUAGCGCUCGAUGCGGCUGAGAUAGACUAUCUGGUCGAGGCGUACACUGAGCAGCUGAAGAGGGGCCCCGUCGAUGUUGAGCUGUUCAUGUUUGCUCAGGUCAACUCUGAGCACUGCAGGCACAAGCAAUUCAAUGCCGACUGGACUAUUGAUGGCGUCAAGAAGCCCAUGAGCCUCUUUGGCAUGAUCAAGAACACGCAUAAGAAGCACCCCCAAUACACCGUCAGCGCGUACAGCGAUAACGCUGCUGUCCUGGAAGGCGACAAUGCCAGCUUCUGGGCUCCUAACAACGCGACUGGAGAGUGGGUGCAGACCAGGGAGUUGGUCCACUUCCUCGCAAAGGUGGAGACUCACAACCACCCGACUGCUGUGUCGCCUUACCCCGGAGCUGCCACCGGCUCCGGCGGUGAGAUCAGAGAUGAGGGCGCUGUUGGUCGUGGAUCCAAGCCUAAGGCCGGUCUCUGCGGCUUCAGCGUCUCGGAUCUGCACAUCCCUGGCUUCGAGCAGCCUUGGGAAGUGGAUGUUGGUAGGCCGGCGCACAUUGCCAGCGCCUUGGACAUUAUGCUGGAGGCACCUAUUGGUAGCGCUGCGUUCAACAACGAGUUCGGUCGCCCUUGCACUACUGGUUACUUCCGUACCCUGACUACUAAGAUCCCGGUCAACGAGGAUACCGAGGUUAGGGGUUACCACAAGCCCAUCAUGAUUGCUGGUGGUGUUGGUACCAUCCGGCCGCAGUUCGCGCUCAAGGACCCUGAACUUGUUAUCCCUGGUGACCAUCUGAUUGUCCUCGGUGGUCCUGCCAUGCUUAUUGGCCUCGGCGGUGGCGCCGCAUCCAGUGUCCAGUCCGGCGAGGGCUCGGUGGAGCUUGACUUCGCCAGUGUCCAAAGAGGCAACGCUGAGGUGCAAAGGAGAGCACAGGAAGUCAUCAACACUUGCACGUCUCUGGGUCCGCAGAAUCCCAUCAAAUUCAUCCACGACGUUGGUGCAGGUGGUCUCUCUAACGCACUGCCGGAGCUGGUCCACGAUUCCGGACUCGGCGCAACCUUUGAGCUGCGCGAGGUUGACAAUGCCGAUAAGGGCAUGAGCCCUCUCCAGAUUUGGUGCUGUGAGGCGCAGGAGCGUUAUGUUAUGGCGGUCGGUCCUGAUGGCCUUGAUCAAUUCAAGCGCAUCUGCAAGAGGGAACGUUGCGGCUUUUCUGUUGUUGGUGAAGCAACUGGCGAGAAGUCCUCCCACAACAACCAGCUCAUUCUCAUGGACCGCGACUCUGAGGACUACCCCAAGCCCAUUGAUCUGCCCAUGUCGGUUCUUUUCGGCAAGCCCCCGAAGAUGUCGAGGGUUGUGGACUCCAGACAGCUCAAGCUUCCUGUCUUUGAUACUAGCUUGACUUCAUAUCUUCCGGACUUUGAUCAUGAGGGCCUCUUCCCAGAGGCUGUUUCUAGAGUCCUGUCCCUCCCAUCUGUUGGUUCCAAGUCUUUCCUGAUCACUAUUGGCGAUCGUACUGUCGGCGGUCUCACAGUUCGUGAUCAGAUGGUUGGCCCUUGGCAAGUUCCUGUCGCUGACGUCUCCGUGACGGCCACUUCGCUUCUUCCUGGCGUCAAGACCGGCGAGGCUAUGGCCAUGGGCGAGAAGCCCAACCUCGCACUCAUUUCCGCCGCUGCUUCGGCCCGCAUGGCCGUUGCAGAGUCGCUCAUGAACUUGGCUGCGGCUAGCAUCCCUGAGCGCCUGUCCCGCGUUCGCCUCUCUGCCAACUGGAUGGCUGCUAGCAGUCACCCUGGUGAGGGCGCAGCUUUGUAUGAAGCUGUCGAGGCCAUUGGUAUGGAUCUGUGCCCCAAGCUCGGCAUCAGCAUUCCCGUUGGCAAGGACUCGAUGUCGAUGAAGAUGAAGUGGCAGGAUUCUGCUUCCAAGGAAGCCCGCGAAGUCACCGCCCCUCUCUCGUUGGUCAUCUCCGCUUUCGCGCCGGUUGACCUCAUCGAACGGACGUGGACGCCUGCUCUUCAACGCCUUGAAGACGUUGGCGAGACCAUCCUCCUCUUCGUCGACCUUGCCCAGGGCAAGAAGGCUAUGGGUGGUUCUGCCGUGGCUCAGGUCUUCGGCCAGGUCGGCGACGAGGCUCCUGACGUCCGCGAUGCUGACUUGCUUCGGGACUUCUACGAUGCCGUCGAGCAGCUUCACGAAGCCGGCAUCGUCCUUGCCUACCACGACCGCUCCGAUGGUGGCCUUUUCACUACCUUGGUGGAGAUGAUGUUUGCCGGCCGUUGCGGUCUUGAAGUCAUGCUGGAUGAGCUGUGCCCCAGCAAGGACACCAAGGACAUGAUCGAGGCGCUGUUCAACGAAGAGCUCGGCGCUGUCUUCCAGGUCAGGAAGAAGGAUGAGAUCGAGUUCCGCCGGUGCUUCGCCACUUGCGGCCCGCCUGCUGGCAUGAUCAAGAAGAUCGGCCGCGUACCAGUCGUUACCAAGCAGAACUUGGUGCUCACUUCCUCAGCCCGCAUUGUUUACAAGGAGAGCCGCAAGGAGCUCCAGCACCAGUGGGCUGCUACGUCGCACCAGAUGCAGAGGCUUCGUGACAACCCGGCCUGCGCCGACUCUGAAUAUCAGAGCAUCCUCGAUGAUGUUGAUCCUGGUCUUGCGUACAACCUGACCUUCAACCCGAGGGACAGCAUCCUGCCUAUCACGACUUCUCUUACCUCCAUGGUCGCGGCCAGGCCUCGGGUUGCUAUUCUUCGCGAGGAGGGUGUCAACGGUCAAGCCGAGAUGGCCUUUGCCUUCAACGUUGCCGGUUUCUCGGCUAUUGACGUUCACAUGACGGAUAUCCUCACGGGUCGCGUUUCGCUCGCCUCGUUUGCUGGUCUCGCCGCUUGUGGUGGCUUCUCAUACGCUGACGUUCUCGGCGCCGGCCAGGGUUGGGCCAAGAGCGUGUUGCUCCACCCCGAGGCUCGCAAGGAGUUCGAAGAUUUCUUCGAGCGCAAGGACACCUUUGCUCUUGGUGUCUGCAACGGUUGCCAGUUCCUGUCGCGCAUCAAAGAGCUCAUCCCCGGUUGCCAGUCCUGGCCAACCUUCGAGCGCAACCUCAGCGAGCAAUACGAGGCCCGUGUUUGCAUGGUUGAGGUGCAAGAUCCUCCUGCUACUCCCACGACCCCUCAGUCCGUUUUCCUCCACGGCAUGCACGGCUCCAUGCUUCCCAUCGUUGUCGCACAUGGCGAGGGCCGCGCCACCUUCCCCGCGUCCCCGAGCUCGGGCUCGUCGGCCGAGGCGCUCCAGAACGAUGGCCUCGUCGCGCUACGCUACGUCGACAACUACAAGCGGCCAACGGAGCGCUACCCCUUCAACCCCAACGGUAGCCCCAACGGUAUCACCGGUGUCAGGAGCCCCGACGGCAGGGUGCUGGCGAUGAUGCCUCACCCGGAGCGCACUAUCCUCAAGGAUGUGGCUAGCUGGGCGCCAAAGGACAUGGCCGAGCAGUGGGGCGAGUUCGGUCCUUGGGUGCGCAUGUUCAAGAGCGCGAGGAGGUGGGUUGGCUGA